GCGCGAUAAAGGCGCGGCGCCUGGUCGGGUCUCGAGUGUCCGAACUGCAGCGGCCGGACAGGAGUGGCCGGAACCUUUCGAAUAUCCACAUUGCCACUGCUGUGCCUGGUAGAAUUUUGAUUCAUCAUGGAUCACAUGUCACCUGAAGAUAUUCAGCUAAGGGCUAACCAGCUUACUGAUGAGUCUCUGGAAAGUACAAGGAAAAUGCUUGACUUAGCCGUGCAGUCUCAAGAUGCAGGAAUCCAGACCAUCACCAUGCUGGGUGAACAAGGGGAACAACUAAACCGCAUAGAAGAAGGCAUGGAUCAGAUAAAUAAAGAUAUGAGAGAGACAGAGAAGACUUUAACAGAACUCAACAAGUGCUGUGGCCUUUGUGUCUGUCCAUGUAACAGCAAUGUGGUAUCCAAGCAACCGGCCAGAGUUACAAAUGGGCAGCCUCAGCAGCCAGCCACCGGAGCAGCCAGCGGCAAAUACAUUAAACGGAUAACUAACGAUGCCAGAGAAGAAGAGAUGGAGGAAAACCUGACUCAAGUGGGCAAUAUCCUGGGAAAUCUAAAGAACAUGGCGUUGGACAUGGGCAAUGAAAUUGAAGCUCAAAAUCGGCAAAUAGAAUCAAUCACAAAAAAGGUUGACACCAGCAAAGAUCGUAUUGAUGUUGCCAAUACCAAAGCAAAGAAACUUAUUGACAGCUAAAGCCACUGCUGUACUUCAUUACCAUUUAUUCACUUUUUUAGUUGCUCCUCCUAUGCCAGUGCCUUUUCAGAGUUGGAAAUUUUGAUCUAAUCUGAAGUUUUGUGCUGAU